GAGACGACGAACACGAGAACGGCAGCAGCAGACACAUACGUGCGAUCAGGGGCGGAGCCAGAUCAUUUCACCGGUGUCUGUUGACACCAAUGAUUUGGGUAGAAACCCUUAUAAAUAUAGCACAAAAUCGAAAUCGACACCAUUCAAAAUAGCUACAAACUAGUGUAAUUAAGCUCUUGACACCAACGGUUAUUUGCCCCUGCGUGCGAUGAGUUCUUCUUGCUCGGCGGCAGGGCAGCAGAGCGUCCGGGCCGCGCGCGGCGGGCUGCCGCGGCCGAGGCGGCCCAGCAGCAGGCCCACGCCUGGCCCGGGUGCCGGCGGCGGCAGCGAGGCCGCGUGGGGGCGGGCGGGGUGCAACUGGUGGGGCGCCGCUGGAGCCGGAGGGCAGCAGGCGGCGGCGGUGGCGACGCCGAGGCGGCAGGCGUGCAGCAGCAGAGGGAGCGGUGGCAGGGGCAGGGUGCCGACGGGGAACCGGGACCUGGUGCGGCGGGCGCUGUCUCCGCCGGCGGCGGCCACGGGCGGGCGCGGCGCGGCGCUGCGGAGGUGGAGCUUUCGGCCCACGCCGAGCCGGCUGCGCGAUGCGUCGUGCUCCUUCUCUUCGCCGGCGUGCACACGGCCAUCGUGAUCUUACUCUGCUUGUAUCGGACUAUCGGUGCUCGUUACGGCUGGAUUCUUUGAUUUUGGUGUGGACACUGUACAUUCUCGAGUAUUUUCGGUGGUUUCAUUUGGAUUGGAACGGGUUAACGGAGGUCUUCCAGUUUGA